AUGAAUAACAUCAAUAACUCUGAUGUUAAAAAUGAUGGGGUUCAGCACCGUUUCUACGGUCAAUCUGAGUUUCAUUCGAAUUCUCGAAGUCAACCCAAGUCCAUAAGAUAUUCUCAAUAUAACCCCGAUGCUCAGAAUCACGGGCUUCAACAUCGUUCCGACGAUUCAUCUGGAUAUUCUCAAAAUAACUUUGAUGCUCAAAAUCAUGGGGUUCAACACCGUUCCGACAAUUCAUCUAGGUCCGUAAGAUAUUCUCAAAGCCGAACCGACAAUCAAUCCGGAUUUCAGUCAAAUUCUCCAAGUCGGUCUAUAAGGCGAACCGAGUCCAUAAGACGUACUCAAAAUAACUUUGAUGCUCAAAAUCAUGGGGUUCAGCACCGUCCCGACAAUUCAUCUAGGUCCAUACGAUAUUCUCAAAGCCGAACCGACAGUCUACCUGGGUUUCAAUCAUAUUCUCCAAGUCGGUCUAUAAGGCGAACCGAGUCCAUAAGACGUACUCAAAAUAACUUUGAUGAUCAAAAUCAUGGGGUUCAACACCGUCCCGACAAUUCAUCUGGGUCCAUACGAUAUUCUCAAAGUCGAACCGACAGUCAACCUGGGUUUCAGUCAAAUUCUCCAAGUCGGUCUAUAAGGCGAACUGAGUCCAUAAGACGUACUCAAGAUAACUUUGAUGCUCAAAAUCAUGGGGUUCAACACCGUCCUGACAAUUCAUCAGGGUCCAUACGAUAUUCUCAAAGUCGAACCGGCAGUCAACCUGGGUUUCAGUCAAAUUCUCCAAGUCGGUCUAUAAGGCGAACCGAGUCCAUAAGACGUACUCAAAAUAACUUUGAUGCUCAAAAUCAUGGGGUUCAACACCGUCCCGACAAUUCAUCUGGGUUCAUACGAUAUUCUCAAAGCCGAACCGACAGUCAACCUGGGUUUCAGUCAAAUUCUCCAUGUCGGUCUAUAAGGCGAACCGAGUCCAUAAGACGUACUCAAGAUAACUUUGAUGCUCAAAAUCAUGGGGUUCAACACCGUCCUGACAAUUCAUCAGGGUCCAUACGAUAUUCUCAAAGUCGAACCGGCAGUCAACCUGGGUUUCAGUCAAAUUCUCCAAGUCGGUCUAUAAGGCGAACCGAGUCCAUAAGACGUACUCAAAAUAACUUUGAUGCUCAAAAUCAUGGGGUUCAACACCGUCCCGACAAUUCAUCUGGGUUCAUACGAUAUUCUCAAAGCCGAACCGACAGUCAACCUGGGUUUCAGUCAAAUUCUCCAUGUCGGUCUAUAAGGCGAACCGAGUCCAUAAGACGUACUCAAGAUAACUUUGAUGCUCAAAAUCAUGGGGUUCAACACCGUCCCGACAAUUCAUCAGGGUCCAUACGAUAUUCUCAAAGCCGGACCGACAGUCAACCUGGGUUUCAGUCAAAUUCUCCAAGUCGGUCUAUAAGGCGAACCGAGUCCAUAAGACGUACUCAAGAUAACUUUGAUGCUCAAAAUCAUGGGGUUCAACACCGUCCCGACAAUUCAUCUGGGUCCAUACGAUAUUCUCAAAGCCGAACCGACAGUCAACCUGGGUUUCAGUCAAAUUCUCCAAGUCGGUCUAUAAGGCAAACCGAGUCCAUAAGACGUACUCAAAAUAACUUUGAUGCUCAAAAUCAUGGGGUUCAACACCGUCCCGACAAUUCAUCUGGGUCCAUACGAUAUUCUCAAAGUCGAACCGACAGUCAACCUGGGUUUCAGUCAAAUUCUCCAAGUCGAUCUAUAAGGCGAACCAAGUCCAUAAGACGUACUCAAAAUAACUUUGAUGCUCAAAAUCAUGGGGUUCAACACCAUCCCAACAAUUCAUCUGUGUCCAUACGAUAUUCUCAAAGUCGAACCGACAAUCAACCUGGGUUUCAGUCAAAUUCUCCAAGUCGAUCUAUAAGGCGAACCAAGUCCAUAAGACGUACUCAAAAUAACUUUGAUGCUCAAAAACAUGGGGUUCAACACCGUCCCGACAAUUCAUCUGGGUCCAUACGAUAUUCUCAAUGCCGAACUGACAAUCAACCUGGGUUUCAGUCCAAUUCUCGAAGUCGAUCAAUUUCUCGAAGCCAAAUUGAAUCGAUAAGACAUUCUCGAAGUAACAUUGAUGUUCAAAAUCAUGGGGUUCAACACCAUUCUAAGAUUCAAACUGGGGUGCAGCCAGAUUCUAUCAGGAAAAUCGAGGUUCAAAAUCAUUCUAUAAGGAUUCGGAUUCUAUAA